AUGCGACGAAAAUUCGUUGGGUCAAGAACCUGUGGGCGGCAUCCGCCCGCGUCUUGCCGCCCGGUGCCCGGUGGAAGGUGCGCUCACACCUUCCCGGUCCGGAGGACCGGCUCUCCUGGGAGAGCUCCGAUUAGCUCGGGGACGCAAACGGAUACUGGGCUGAGUCCAGGGCUUUCCCGGAACUCCCGGUUCCUCCAGAGGCUUCCUGUGAGGGGGUCGGCGCGGGCUGGGGGGGGGGGUCCCCGCGUUCUCCGAGUGAAAGGCCGCGUCCGCCUCCCGCCCCCGCCGGCCCCACCAGGGCUCUGCGACCGCCGCACUCACCGGCUCCCGCCACCUGGGUUCCGCUCCGGGACCUCGGCAGCCGGCGCCUCCCGCCUCGCCCGCCCACCGGCCUCUCCUGCAGCACCCGCUGCCUCCCUCCGGAGUGGAGGGGCCCGGGCGGCGCCGCGGCCAGGAGCGGGGUCGGAGGCCAAGCCGGGGCGCGGGCCGGGGCUGCGGGGCCGCCGGGCGUGGGAGAAGGAGGGCGCCCCUCUCCUCGCCGGGCCGUGUCAAUGCUUUGCACUUGGGGCGGCUUGCGGCUGGGGGUCCUUCCCCGCAGGCCCUGGCGCCCGGGCGCCCCCCGCCUCAGGCCCUUUCGGCGGGUCGGGUCGGCCCGCCGAGCUUCCCCGUCCGGGCGCAGGCAGCCGUGGGCGCGGGCGGCGGGGUGGGGGCCGGGGCAGGGGGAGGGGUCUCGGGGCCCGCUGGCCCGUCAUUGGUUAA